AGCAACCCAACCAACCAAUCAUCACAAAGUCAUAAAACCCUAACCCUAUAUCUAUCCCCUCUUCGCCUCCUCUCAAAACCCCUCUUUCUCUCUUGCGAUCUCUCCAAACCCUAGUUUCUCUUUUCAUCGAGAAUGAGUGCAGAAGCAGUGAACCCAAAGGCAUACCCGUUAGCUGAUUCACAGCUAACCAUCACAAUUCUUGAUCUUGUUCAGCAAGCUGCUAACUACAAGCAGCUUAAGAAGGGUGCUAAUGAAGCAACAAAGACACUGAACAGAGGAAUUUCAGAGUUUGUCGUGAUGGCUGCUGAUACUGAGCCUCUCGAGAUUCUUCUCCAUCUCCCCCUUCUUGCUGAAGACAAGAAUGUGCCCUAUGUUUUUGUUCCUUCCAAGCAAGCUCUUGGACGGGCAUGCGGGGUUACCAGACCAGUAAUCUCUUGUUCUGUGACAAGCAAUGAGGGCAGCCAGCUGAAAUCUCAGAUUCAGCAACUUAAGGAUGCCAUUGAGAAGCUCCUUAUAUAAAGUGUAUACAUGUAAAGCCUUUCAGCAUGAUGGGCCUAUGAGUGGUGACACUGGUUCAUUUGAGGCUUUGACUGAGCAAAGAUGUCUUUUUACUGAAUUUUCUACCUGUUUUUUUUUUUUUUUCAUAUUCUCUUUCAGUGUUCUGGAUCAUGUUGUUUCUAAACAGAUGUUUGUGUACUCUUGCUAUGUGAUCUGAGUUACUUUUUUUAUAUUUUAAAGUUAAGUACCAUUUGGCUAUUGUAAGAUGAUUCAAGAUAUUUAUCUUAUAACAAACAUCAGUCUAGUUUGAAUC